GUACCAGUUGAAGUGCAGCCUCAGGGUCAAGCAGGCCAUUGCUGGCAAACACCAUCGACAGCAGAGCUAUCCUCAACAACUCGACAGGCCAGAUCUCUCUCACUUAGUCCUUGUCAUCUCGAUACCGCAUUUUGCGAGACAGCGGUGACGCCUGGAAUCCGCGUCCAAACCUUAUACCUCCUCGACAGAUAGAUCAGAGAUCCCCAGCAUGCGUUCGUGAAGGGAGGAGCACGUACAAGACAAGUGAUUACCUGUAUAUCGCGUCGUUCGAUUCAGAAAUCCGAGAAGGGGAAUCAAUUCGGGAAUCCAACAAAGGCUACUAGCUUCUGCGGUGUAUCUGGAAGGCGAAUUCUCCCAGACCUGCCAGGACGACCUCGACCUGCGCAUUCAGAAAGGGUCAUGCCGACGACGACAGAGCCUGUCUACUCUGCGAGUUCGCCGCCCUUUAUUUUCGACUCGGACAUGUCUGGACGACUCGAGUCGGACCCCGACUUUGAGUUCUUCGAUACCAGCCCCGAGAGUGUUAGCAGUCCUGGCUUUUUCCUAGCGGAGGACGUAGCGACAGACGGUUCACACUUCCUCACGAAUUUCGGUACUCCCAAUCCUGCGAACCAGAAAAGCCCUCUCCCAAAUCACAGCUCUCUGCUGGAUACGAGGGUGCAGCAGACGCUCUCUGCGCCUUCGACUGUGUCUCCAGCCGGAUCAUAUCGAGAUUCGUCCUCGGAAUCAUCUGGAUACAAGCGCAAAUCUAGCUCUGACUCUUCGCGGUCCGCGCUGACUUCAGCCGACAUCAUGAUGGCGGAUGCAGAUAUGGGGGACUGGAAGGUGGAAGACUCUAUCCUUGGAAAUGAUGCAUCAAAUUAUGGCGGAUUUGAAGGGACCAUCAACCCUGCAGAUAUGACGAACUUCGAAUUCAGCGACAAGACUAUGGAGAACGAUUUUGAUUUUGAGAGUGCUGCGAGCAACCCCAGUCCGUUUGGAAUAGGACCGGUAGACUCUCCAGAAAUGCCAAUUAUAAAGCAGGAUACGCCGAGGAGACAUUCUCCAUUGAUCAAAUCAAAAUUUAUGCAUCAUGACAAGAGGAACUCUCAACAUUCGGUUACCCAGUCCAUGAACGGCCUGACAACUGCAGGCUCCAGGGAAGCUUCCCCGCUUUCAGCGAUGGUUACGAGCCAGGAGUCUUCGCCCUCGGCCUUCUUCAACAACUCCCCUUCUCCAGGCAAUAAUGUGGAUUUCAUGAAUACACAAAUGCAUGGAGGACCGGUGCAGAAUCCGGGCUGGGCACCAGGCUUCGGAGGGUACCAGAAUAAUGGUCUACCCGCGAUACAACAAGGGCUCAAUCCACAACCAUUGCCAGCACGAAUGGCUCCGCAACAACCUUUCGCCCAUAUGGGCCCCCCAUUCAAGCCUGUCAUGACCCUUCAUCCCACGCCUCUAAAAUCUCGCGUAGAGACGCAAAUCCCUAUAAAGAUGACACUGUUUCCAAUGCCACCUGGCAUCACUAAACUGCAUCUACCGACGCACACGAUCUCUAAGCCGAAGCUACUUGCGAAACCUACUCCUGCUAGGUCGCCGGAUACGCUGGAACUGUACACAUCUCUGGUCUGUACUAGUGCAAUGCAGAAUCCAGAGGCCAGACGGCGCGCAUUCGAGCGAGCAGCAUCUGGAGAGCUUCCUUCGACGGAGGAAGCUUCUCCAGGCGAGAGCGGAUCCGACGAGGAUGACGAAAACAAGCCUUUGAAUGGCGGAGACGUCAAAAUCUGCGUUGGAUGUAUCACAAGAGAACGGAAGCGUGCUGCACGAAAGAAGGUCAAGAAGGUAGAAGAAGAAGAAUCCUGGCACAAAGAUGAGGCAAAGCGAGUCAUUGUCUUCAACACCCACGAGGUCAAGGAAUGGCAAGCACCAACGAGCCAGCCUCCUUCAGAAGCCACUGGCGAUCGACCAGAGCCUUUUGUUCCGGAUGGUGCCAUGCAAGUAGACGCCCCCAUGCGCAUUGCGUGCUAUUGUCGGCAUCAGAACGAAAAGCUUGGGUUCCAAGUUAUCUUCACCAUCAAAGAUUACCAAGAUCGUCUAAUUGCCCAAGAGAUGACUUCUUCAAUCAUGAUCACGGACGACCACAAGACACAUAACAUGCCGGCACUCACUACGCAGACCUCGAAUGGCUCUGAUGGCCAGCUGUUCUCAGGAUCUGGAGCUUUCCAACCCGACCCUACCUUCGACAUGGCUUCGGUCCCCCCUGCCAACCUUGGAGCCUUCCGUGUAUCUCACUCAACGUCAGAUUUACAAGGAAUGCAGAAUCAAGGCAUGCCAAAUUUCAAUAUGCAGUUUUCUCAGCCACCUAGCGCCACCGCAUCUACCCUUGUUUCUCAAGCUACCUCCACAACUGCCACGCCCCGUAACAUGUCUCGACAGACAUCUCCAUCAGCUUCUUCAGGGCCAACGUCCAAAAAGAGAAAGGCUAGUGGUUCAAGCAAGGUACCUAGUGGGUUGGCUAUGACGAGACUUGAAACUGGAGACAUGGCUGUCUCACAAGGACCCCCAACUGGCUCGUUAAGUGCAAACCAUUCAACAGCCCCUUCGCCCUUUACACCAAAUCUGACUGCCUUCUCUAUUCCCGACCCACAAUAUAACCCGGCAGUCUCGACUGUCCCAAACAUUCCCCAGCAAUAUAACACUGGCCCUCCCACUCCGAACAGCAAUGACCAGGUCUUCUUCUCAAAUAACAACAGAUCUCAAUCUAUGGAGAACCUGGCCAUGCACCAGCUGUAUUCCGCUCCUGCUUCAGCGCAUCCUAGCAGAGUUCCUAGUCCAAACGGCAUGAGAAAUAAUGUGCAAGCCUACCAGCAACAAGCUCAGAUUGCUCAGGCUGUUGCUAACGGUCUUUAUGGUCUCCCAUUAAACCUCAAUCCACACAGACAGCCGACUAUUCACAAGAUGAUUCCCAAUGAAGGCCCAAAAGCUGGAGGUAUUGAAGUCACCUGUCUGGGUAGCGGCUUUUGUCAAGGUCUGGAAGUGAUGUUCGGAGAUUCUAAGGCUACUACGACAACGUACUGGGGAGAGACAUCUUUGGUUUGCCUGCUUCCACCUUCAGCUUUUGCCGGAACGGUUGCUGUCACAUUCAAGCAUCAACAUCAGCAACAGCAGAUGCAAUCAUAUCCUUCGCCUCCAGUACCUAAGAGUCAGACGUUCUUCAAGUACGUGGACGACGACGAGCAACAAAUCAUUAGGACUGCGCUGUCGGUUCUUGGACACAAAAUGACUGGUAAGAUGGAAGAUGUCCGUGAUCUUGCGAGAAGAAUCGUGGGAGAUGGACCUUCAUCAUGGGGAGGUUCAGCAGGACCAUCGCCAACUGGUGGAAACCACAAUCCGAAUGUCAAUGGUUUCAACAUGGCUGCAUUCGGUGUUGAUGUUGAAGCCACACUCCUAAAGUGCCUGGAUCUGAUCGAUCUCGAUGAUAGUCCAAGACAAGCCCGUUUGAACAUGAGAAGAGCUUCUGGACAGACCAUGCUUCACUUGGCUUGCUCCAUGGGCUUGCAUCGAUUUGUUGCGGCUCUACUGGCUCGUGGCGCUAACCCUGAACCACGAGACAAGGGCGGCUUUACCCCAAUGCAUUUCGCUGCUCUUCACAAUUACCCACAAAUUGUGAGGAGGUUGAUGUUGAGCGGUGCUGAUCCUACUAUCCGAAGUCUCCAAGGCUACACCCCGUCAGACAUGGCAACAUCUGAGGAGGUUCUCCGUGCUGCUCGUCGUAUUGAGCAUCACACAAGAACUCGCAGUGGCUCUUCUUUGAGAAGCAGGACCAGCAGCGCGACAUCGCUUCGAUCUGUUUGGGAACCUGCAUCACCACCUGCACCCGUGGACUUGGGUGAGGAUAGCGAUGAUGAUGACAAUGAGUAUGAGGAUGAGGAUGCAGAUGCGGCGCACGAUGGAGCAUUCUGGAUGAAGUCACGACGUCCAAGUGCCCCACUCACUGCUUUGCACGAAGUACCAACAGUCAACGAUCCAGUCAUGGAAUUACCGGGAGUCAUACCAGGAGGACUUGCAUCACCUGCCGCAGCAAUGUCCGCAUUCCGCGAUCACAUUGCAGCUCAAGUCCAGCAAUUCCAACAAACGAUGCAUCUUAACCUUCCAAACCUGCCUCAGAUGCCCCGAUUCGACAUGAUGAAUCUUCCUGGUAAUGCGUACCUCCAGACCACUCCUAUGGUUCGCAGGAUAAGCAAUCUGGUAGGCACCAACACGAAUCGUCCAGACAGUGCGGAUGGUCCAAAAGAACAAGAUUACCGUUGGUGGGAUCUGUUCUCCGGUACUGUUCCAGCUGCGCCGCCUGCUUAUGAGGAUAUCUUCCCUCAAGAAGAGGUUGACAAGAAACAUGCGUUGGCGAUCCAAGCAGCAGCUGAUACAGUAGCCGACAACAAAUGCACUGAGAUAUUCGACCAAGCUGAGAGCUCGACUAUGGCACAGAGCCGAAGUGAGAAGCUCGAAAUAGUCCGCAUUGGCCAGAAGAAUGUUGUCACCCGGGAACAACAAGAUCAACUACGCGCUAAGCAUGCAGAAAAGGUCAAGAGACUUAGCCGGGACAGGAAUCUCUUUUUUAUCUGGAUACCAACUCUCGUUCUCAUUGUCCUCGCUAUGCUUUACAACCGGGUUCCUCAAGCCUGGAGCGGCGCUUCGCAAUUCAUUGAGUCAAUUCGCAACCGUCAGAACGUACCUCGCGGACGAAUCGUCGAGGAAUUAUAAUGACAUCUGACUUUCACAUGCUUUUGUCGUUUUCCGGUGCAUGAGCGGAGUUACCUUUUCACAAGAGGUAUCCUACUACUACGUACCAUACCUACACAUUUUAGUGCGCGGAAAAAUUUGACGCCUGGUUCUCAGUUGGAUAGAGACAGGCAGGAGCUUAAUGACGGACCGACCCGGACCUACAUCACGAAUUUCAUUACCUUUGUCUACCUACCUAGCAUUGCUUAUAUUCGCUUCUUCUCUGGCACUCGCUUGCUUGCCCGUCUGCUUGCAAAUCAUUCCCCAUUGCGAGAAUGGAUACUACUCGGUUGCUCGCCUGCCUCUCGCUUAUGUCGCGCUGGUUUUUCAUCUACUUGCUUGGGAUGGCUUAUCUAUCUAUUUUGCUGGGAUUUUGUCUGGAGGGAUGGCUGGAUGGCUGGCUGGGUGGAUCGAGCGAGCACUGCUGGGAACUGACGGAAAUUUGUUCGGGAUGGACGAAACUUGGGAGGCGCGUGCGGAGCGAUAAGAAUGGCUUUUUGUUUGCCUGCUUACUGACUGAUUUUUACUUCUGUUUUCGAGGUGAUGUUUUGAUUCGGCGGUGUUUAUUUGAGCGUGCUUGUGAGUGAGGAGAUUGAUUGAUGAUGGAUGAUGAUGCAGAUGGAGAUGGAGAUUUCGAGAUGAAGUUCGAUUUCUCGUGUACGGAGAGUUAUUAUUAUAGGGUGGUAUAUAGCUGAAAUGCUAGCUACAGAUGAAUGAUUGGCCUAGAUUAAGCAAUUUGACUAAAA